GAGGGGCUCCACUAGUUUCGGCUCCGUUGGGUUUGUCCCAGUCGGAUGUAGUGUCCUGGCCUGCCGGGAGGGGCGGCCCAGUGGGGGUCGUGCCUCCUGGAGCCGCCCCUGGGACGUGAGUCCUGGAGGAGGCGAGGUUGUUGAGAAGAGUAUGAACAGGUCAGAGAACUUGCUCGUUACUGGUUCCUCGUUAGCGUCCCAAGUUCAUGCUGCCGCUAUUAAUGGAGAUAAGGGUGCUCUUCACAGGCUCAUCAUAGGAAACUCUUCCCUUAAAGACAAAGAAGAUCAAUUUGGAAGAACACCACUUAUGUAUUGUGUGUUGGCUGACAGACUGGAUUGUGCAGAUGCACUCUUGAAGGCAGGAGCAGAUGUUAAUAAAACUGACCAUAGCCAGAGAACAGCCCUCCAUCUUGCAGCUCAAAAGGGAAAUUAUCGUUUCAUGAAACUCUUACUGACACGCAGAGCAAACUGGAUGCAGAAGGAUCUGGAAGAGAUGACUCCUCUGCACUUGACCACCCGGCACAAGAGCCCGAAGUGUUUGGCGCUUCUGCUGAAGUUUAUGGCACCAGGAGAAGUGGACACACAGGAUAGAAACAAGCAAACAGCUCUGCAUUGGAGUGCCUACUACAAUAACCCCGAGCACGUGAAGCUGCUUAUCAAGCAUGAUUCCAACAUCGGGAUUCCUGAUGUCGAAGGCAAGAUCCCACUUCACUGGGCAGCCAACCACAAAGAUCCGAGCGCCGUUCAUACAGUGCGAUGCAUUCUGGAUGCUGCUCCAACGGAGUCUCUACUGAACUGGCAAGACUACGAGGGUCGGACACCUCUUCACUUUGCAGUCGCUGAUGGGAAUGUGACCGUGGUUGAUGUCUUGACCUCAUACGAGAGCUGCAACAUAACGUCUUACGAUAACUUGUUUCGAACCCCACUUCACUGGGCAGCUCUACUAGGCCAUGCGCAGAUUGUCCAUCUCCUUUUAGAAAGAAAUAAGUCUGGAACCAUCCCAUCUGACAGCCAAGGAGCAACACCCUUGCACUAUGCAGCUCAGAGUAACUUUGCUGAAACAGUUAAGGUGUUUUUAAAACAUCCUUCAGUGAAAGAUGAUUCAGACCUCGAAGGAAGAACAUCCUUUAUGUGGGCUUCUGGGAAAGGCAGUGAUGAUGUCCUUAGGACUAUGCUGAGUUUAAAAUCUGACAUUGAUAUUAACAUGGCAGACAAAUAUGGAGGCACAGCUUUACAUGCUGCUGCCCUUUCUGGCCAUGUCAGCACCGUGAAGUUAUUGUUGGAAAAUAAUGCUCAAGUGGAUGCUACUGAUGUCAUGAAACAUACUCCACUUUUCCGAGCCUGUGAGAUGGGACACAAAGAUGUGAUUCAGACACUUAUUAAAGGUGGAGCAAGGGUAGAUCUAGUUGACCAAGAUGGACAUUCUCUUCUACAUUGGGCAGCACUGGGAGGAAAUGCUGAUGUUUGCCAGAUAUUGAUAGAAAAUAAGAUCAAUCCAAAUGUGCAAGAUUAUGCAGGAAGGACACCUUUGCAGUGUGCUGCGUAUGGGGGCUAUAUCAACUGCAUGGCAGUGCUCAUGGAAAACAAUGCAGACCCGAACAUCCAAGACAAGGAGGGAAGAACAGCUUUGCACUGGUCCUGUAACAAUGGAUAUCUUGAUGCCAUUAAAUUACUACUAGACUUUGCUGCUUUCCCAAAUCAGAUGGAAAACAAUGAAGAGAGGUACACUCCCCUGGACUACGCUUUGCUUGGUGAGCGCCAUGAAGUGAUCCAGUUCAUGCUGGAGCACGGUGCCCUGUCCAUCGCUGCUAUACAAGACAUCGCUGCCUUCAAGAUCCAGGCCGUCUACAAAGGGUACAAGGUCAGAAAAGCUUUCCGAGACCGGAAGAAUCUCCUCAUGAAGCAUGAACAGUUGAGAAAAGAUGCUGCUGCCAAGAAGCGGGAGGAGGAAAACAAGCGAAGAGAGGCAGAACAGCAGAAGGGAAGGCUGAGCCCAGAUUCCUGCAGACCCCAAGCCCCUCCCUGUCCGCCCAACACCCAGGCUGAACCCCGCGAGCAGAGCGGGGCCCCCAGCAAACAGCCUCCCACCAGCGACGUGGCCCAGGGCCCUGAGCAGAGAGCCUGCAGAGAGUCUCCAGGCAGAGGGUCUCCAAGCAGAGCCCACCGAAAGGAGCAGCAUCUUUCCCCAGACGUGCAGGGAACAGACCCCAGAAAGCCAAAUGAAACAUCCAGAGAACAUUCUAAAGGCCGAUCAGCCAGUGUCCACUUCAGCCCCAAUGAAGGCAACAAUGGAAACAGACAUCCAGGAGUGUCCUCUGUUGAGAAAUCCAGAGGUGAGACAGUUGGCGAGCAGCGGUGUGACAAAGGGAAAGGCUUCUGGAAGCAGCCCUCCUGCAUCAGGGGGGCUGGGCCUGAGGAGAAAGGAGAGGACCUCAGUGGGGCAGCUGCAAGCCUUCUACAGCAGGAUGGCCACAGGAAGCCUGGUCAGCGGCACAACACGGCACCCAAGGCCAAAGGUACCUCCCAGAAAAGGCGCAUGCAAGAGCUCAGAGGAGGAAGGUGCUCCCCGGCUGGUUCUAGCCGGCCUGGCAGUGCCAAGGGGGAGGUGGUCCAUGCCGGGCAGAAUCCUCUCCACCAUCGGACACCAAGAAACAAAGUGACACAGGACAAGCUCACAGGAGGGAUCUACUCAGAUUCGCCACAGACCACAGAGGUGUUGAGGUCAGGAGUCAGGAAGCUGGGGACAUCCACCCUGUCUGAGGACGCUCAGAUAUCUAAGGAGACUGAUCCAGCACCUGGUCCCCUCUCUGCACAGAGCGUGAAUAUUGACCUUCUCCCCCUAGAGCUGCGGCUGCAGAUAAUCCAGAGAGAAAGAAGCAGGAAAGAGCUGUUUCGCAGAAAGAACAAGGCAGCAGCAGUCAUCCAGCGGGCCUGGAGAAGUUACCAGCUCAGGAAGCACCUGUCCCACCUUCUGCAUAUGAAGCAGCUUGGAGCCAGAAAUAUGGACAGAUGGAACCAAGAGUGCAUGGCAUUGCUCCUCCAGGUUUGGAGGAAGGAACUGCAGCUAAAACCCCCCAAGACCAUCGCAGUAAGCAGGACCACCAAGAAUCCAUCCAAGGGCAUCUUGGGCACAAAGUCCACCAGGCACUCAGUGCUCAAGCAGAUCUAUGGUUGUUCUCAAGAAGGGAAAGUACAUCAUCCCACAAGAUCUUCAAAAGCCCAUUCUGUGCUGCGUCUCAACUCAGUGAGCAACUUGCAGUGUAUACACCUGUUUGAGAACAGUGGAAGAUCAAAGAAUUUUUCUUAUAACCUGCGAUCAGCUACUCAGUCAAAAAACAAAACAAAGCUUCGCCUGCCUACGGAGGAAGCCUGUGUCCAGGGGAGCUGGAACAGCUAGUGCAGAGUUCUAAUCCUCUGCUGACUAUCUUUCUAUCUUUUACAUCUUGGGAAAACUUUAAUAUCCACGCCUGCAGCCUUAUUAGCCUGAAAACGUGGUAACAACUGAAAGAAAAUGUCAGAAUGUUUUCUUUCUGCUCUUACACGGUACUGUUUUAUAAAUUACCUUAGCCUGCGCUGAAGGACCAGGGGUGACUAUGCCUGUGCAGAACUGCCCAGUUGUCUGCCUUCACUUCAGUAACUGUGGCUGGAAAGAACUUAUAAAUUAUAACAGUCAAGUCUAAGUAACAUGAAGAACUGAGUGCUGAAGGGGCUGCUGGGUUGGGAUUUCUGCCAGCCAGCUGGUGCAGGCCUGGUUUUUUGGUUCCAGUGAAGAAGCAGAACGAGAAGGGGAGGAGCCUGUCCUAUAGUAGCUGCCUUCUUUCACCACUUUUCCGGAAUCUAGGGCAACAAACUUCAUUACAGAUACCAAAUCCUGUUAUUCCAACAUUAUUAGUUUUAAAUUUUAGACCAGAAUCAUGAUCCAGCAUUUGCUUUUAGAAACUGGAAGACCAUAACAGGCAUACUGUUGAUUCCUUACGUUUACAGUUCCCGUGUUAGCCUCUGAAGGCCACAGGCUGCUGCCACGUGCUCUCUGUGAACGGCGCUCUCAGCACCAGCAGCAGCAUCGGGCACAAAGGAGUCAGUCGGGCAGGUUUACAGACCAGACCAUUCAUGCACAAGCUACCAGUUCAGGCCUUAACAUUCCACUUGUAUUUUCUGCCUGACCUGCAGAGGUGAGCAAUCUUGUCAAAAUGCCAUUCCCCUAUUGGCAGGAGAAACUGUGCUAACUGUACACAUUCUAGCUCUCUAGGAAGACCUGGUUUAAAUAAAAUCCAGUGGUUGCCGGCUUUUUCACAUUUUUAAGGGCAAAGCUACAGUAGGAAGGAAUGUAGACAGGAGGCAUAAACAGUGAUAUAUUUGCUCAGAAAUAUUUCUAGGACUGCUUCCAUUUUUUUAAGAUUACUGCCACCCCCAUCCUGACAGAAAUAGGAAAGAAACAGCAAU